ACAGCGACCGCGGUGGCGCCGUAGUGCUGCUCUAAGUGGUGGCGGCAGAGCAGCCACCGUCAGGCAUGAAGAAGGGCUGGAGUCCGGCUGCUGCUUACUCCUCGCUCCAGCGCCAUGGAAUGCCUACGGAGCUUGCCCUGGCUCCUGCCACGCGCGAUAAGACUGCCCCGGCGGACCAUGUGUGCUUCGGCCUUGGACCUGACCCCUGUGGUUCGUCCCGUUGCUGCCUGCGGUCGCGCAGCCGACUUACUUGGAAGGAGCCGGGCCUCGCCGCCGUGCGGGCCCCACCGGCUCCGUGCGGCAGGUGAAAUGCAUCGAUUUAGAACUUCUGAUGUCUCUCAAGCCACGUUAGCCAGUGUAGCCCCAGUAUUUACUGUGACAAAAUUUGACAGAAAAGGAAAUGUUACUUCUUUUGAAAAGAAGAAAACUGAGUUAUACCAAGAGUUAGGUCUUCAAGCCAGAGAUUUGAGAUUUCAGCAUGUAAUGAGUAUCACCACCAGAAACAAUAGGAUUAUCAUGAGAAUGGAGUAUUUGAAAGCUGUGAUAACUCCAGAGAGCCUUCUGAUACUAGAUUAUCGUAAUUUAAAUUUAGAGCAGUGGCUGUUCCGGGAACUUCCUUCACAGUUGUCUGGAGAGGGCCAACUUGUCACGUACCCUUUACCUUUUGAGUUUAGAGCUAUAGAAGCACUCCUGCAAUAUUGGAUCAACACCCUUCAGGGGAAACUUAGCAUUUUGCAGCCACUGAUCCUUGAGACACUGGAAGCUUUAGUGGAUCCCAAACACUCCUCCGUAGACAGAAGCAAACUGCACAUCUUACUACAAAAUGGCAAAAGUUUAUCGGAGUUAGAAACAGAUAUUAAAAUUUUCAAGGAGUCAAUUUUGGAGAUCUUGGAUGAAGAAGAGUUGCUAGAAGAGCUCUGUCUGUCAAAAUGGAGUGACCCUCAAGUCUUUGAAAAGAGCAGUACUGGGAUUGACCAUGCAGAAGAGAUGGAGCUGCUGUUGGAAAACUACCACCGAUUGGCUGACGACCUCUCCAAUGAAGCUCGAGAGCUUAGGGUGCUGAUUGAUGAUUCACAAAGUAUUAUUUUCAUCAAUCUGGACAGCCACCGUAAUGUGAUGAUGAGGUUGAACCUACAGCUAACCAUGGGAACUUUCUCUCUUUCGCUCUUUGGACUAAUGGGAGUUGCUUUUGGAAUGAAUUUGGAAUCUUCUCUUGAAGAGGACCACAGGGUGUUUUGGCUGAUUACAGGAAUUAUGUUCAUGGGAAGUGGACUCAUCUGGAGGCGCUUGCUUUCAUUCCUUGGACGACAGCUAGAAGCUCCAUUGCCUCCUAUGAUGGCCUCUUUACCUAAAAAGACCUUUCUGGGAGGUAGAAGCAUGGAAUUGAAAAACAGCCUCAGACCAGAUGGACUUACUUCCAGCAGGAAUAUCCUAACAAACCGUUAGCAACGACCCAGUGGAUACGGAAUAUUUU